GAAAUUACAAAAUUAAGCACAUCAUCAAAACCUUUUCAGUUUAUAUUUAUAUAAAUAUAAAUAUCUAUUAUUAUUAUUACAAUGCAAGAAAACCGCAUUGUGAAGCUCUUUGGUAUUAAGUACCCUAUCAUCCAGGCUGGUAUGAUUUGGUGCAGUGGCUGGCGUUUAGCUUCUGCUGUCAGCAAUGCCGGUGGGCUUGGUUUGAUCGGUGCAGGUUCAAUGAACAUUGACGUAUUCAAGGAAAACAUUCAAAAGUGCAAAAUCGCCACAAGCAAGCCUUUCGGGGUCAACCUUCCUCUCUCCCACAAUGCCAACAUCUAUAUUGAACACAUUCUUGAGGAAAAAAUUCCGAUUGUCUUCACCUCAGCGGGUAGCCCCAAAGUGUGGACCAAAACCUUUAAGGAUCAUGGGAUCAAGGUCGUGCAUGUGGUCCCCAGUAGCAAACUUGCCUUGAAGUGUCAAGACGCUGGCGUUGAUGCCGUCGUCGCGGAGGGCUUUGAGGCAGGUGGACACAACGGUCUUGAGGAGAUCACGACAAUGACCCUCAUCCCACAGGUGCGGCGAAACCUCUCACCGGAUAUACCACUCAUCGCGGCGGGUGGAAUCGCGUCUGGUGAUUCUAUUUUUGCUGUGAUGGCCCUUGGUGCGGAAGGCGCGCAGCUUGGCACUCGCUUCGCGUUAACCAAGGAGAGCGCCUGUUCAGAGGCCUUUAAAAAGUAUGCCUCGGAAGCUCAAGAGGGUGAUACAGUACUCACCUUAAAAAAACUCAUGCCGACGCGUCUGCUGCUUAAUAAAUACGGCAAGGAGAUCCAGAAUAUUUCGAUUAGUGGCGCCACAAAACAACAAUUGGAAGAAUUCCGUGGUAGAGGCCGCACACGCCAAGGCAUGUUUGAUGGUGAUACCGAGAAUGGAGAGCUAGAGAUAGGUCAGAUUGCAUCCUACUGUAGAGAUAUCCCGUCUGUAGAAGAGCUGAUGUUGCGUUUGGUCGAGGAAUUUAAUAAUACCAAUGCAAGACUUUCCCAUUUAAAGAUUGAAUAGCGGUAUACCAACAUAUGUGCUGGUGAAUGUAUCCUUUUUACAAAUAGUUUCAUAUUAACUUGCGUUUUGGAAGUUUCGACAGUUGAUAAUGAAGAUCAAGUAAACGCAUUCUUAUAUUUUUAUAUAUAAGUAAUAUAAAGUGACAAUGUUUAGCCUUCCUUAUUUAAUACUUCAGUAUAUUUUUCCAUUUUUGAAUUCGUGAUACUGUUUAAAUUGAUUCCUUUUUUUGUUCGGAA